CUGGCGACCCCUAUCCCAUGUAUGCGGAUGGUCGUUCUUUUCUGUCUCUUGCAUUCAAGCAUCAUUUUCUUUUUCUUUCUCUCUCUUUUUUUUUCUUUCAACACGACAAAGCCAUUAUGGCAACCUCUAAGUGCAAGCGUGCGGAGGAUAUCAUUAAUGAGAUCUAUAAUCAAUCUGGUGGGUUUUUAUCGACCGAUGGGCGAGAAGGGGCGCUCGCUGAGGCCCUCGGCGCCCCUGUUCGCGAAGCUGCAGCCAAAGCGUGCACGGCCUACAACCGCUUCUUCUAUGAGAUGAUUCAGAACGCUGAAGACUGUUCAUAUGAAAUCGCGGCAUCUCAAGGUCAUGACCCCUUCCUGGCGUUCCAUAUAUAUCUGGAUCGCAUCGUUGUGGAAUCGAACGAAGACGGCUUCGAGGAAAGUGACGUGCGCGCGAUAUGCAGCGCGCGAAGUCAGCACAAGCAAGGCAUGAUCGGGGAGAAGGGGAUCGGCUUCAAGUCGGUUUUCAAGGUCGCUUCCAAGGUAAAGAUUCAGUCUGGGCCAUUUUGCUUCUCGCUUCGACAUCUCCCCGGACAGUCCGGACUGGGUAUGAUUUCACCCAUUAACGAACACCACGAGGUCUUGCCGGUGGAUGUGCGCACCCGGUUCACUCUCUCUUUACUAUUACCCGGGCAAGUAGGAAGGCUUGCAGCUGAAAUAGCCAGCUUUCCUGUCAGCAUUACUGCGUUUCUAUCGAAGCUUAAAAUGCUGCGCUUUUCGUUUCCUGUGCAUCCAUCCAAGGACAGGCAUUGCCAGACUUUCACUCGACUCCUGGCGGGGUCAACACUUACCUGUAUCAAGGACAGUAAUGGCAAAACGGAGAAUUAUGAAGAGUACUUUUAUUUCUCAAAGCAUGUGACUGGGUCCACCCUUCGAGUGAACCGUCCGCCUUCACAAGACACGGAGAUAAUUAUGGCCUUUCCCUAUAAACGGCGGCACGGAAACGAGGAGCAGUUCGCGCAUGCCUACCUUCCCUUGCGGAAGGUUGGUCUGAACUUUCUCGUUCAGGCUGAUUUCGUCACCCAGGAUGACAGGGAGAUGCUGGCGGAUUGUCCCUGGAACGACCAUCUCCUAAAUCACUUGCCUCAAGUAUUCCUCGCUGCAGUGAAGGCACUCUCUAAGAUGCCGGAAUUUGAGACCUCCUGGCCCCGGUUUCUCCCAAAGGGCGAUAUCGAUGAUCCCCAGCGGUCUAAAUUUCACGAGGCUGUGAAGAACGAGCUUAGGCAGAUGCCUCUUUUCAGGACCAGUAAAGGAAAACGGGACAUGUCUCUGGAUGAGGUCCGGUACCUGUUGCCGGAGCACUGUGACCGUGUUGGAGAUCCUCUGUUUGACGACGGAGAACACGAUACCCACCUCUCUUCUGAAUAUGCCGAGUACUACAAGGUUCUGGAGCCAUUCGGGCUCCAACAGGUUUCAUCGCGGGAGCUCCUCGACCAAUUCCGCCCAUACCUCGAAGGCCCAAGGCCAAGGUUUCUGUCGGAAAACAUUGGAUUCGGCGCACCGGAGCUUCAAAAGCCAGUAGAUGAGGAUUGGCAUGAUAGGGUGGCCCUCCUUUUGCUGUCCUGGAUGGAUAGCCCUGAGGAUCCCGUGGCAAAGGAGAUAGGCAAUCUUGCGCUAGUUCCGGUCUGCAUGAAAUUAAGGAAUCCCAAGAUCUGCGAUAUUUACGACCCUUAUGACGCCGAGGGCAACUUUAUCCCCAGAUAUCUUGUUGACACGGUAGAUCUGUUGGCUGUGCGCAGCCCGGCCCGGAAACGAUUGUUCGUUAGAUUAGGUGUGCGGAUUGCAGAGCCAUCGCUUAUAAUUGAACGAAUCGGUGAUGCGGAUAGACGGCUAUUUUCUCACCCGUGCCUCUCAACGACGAUAAGGAAUCUCAAGUAUGUUUUCUCAGUCACGCCAGACCCCGGAAUGGUCGACCCUAGAUGCAUCGUUCUAUAUGACAGCGAUUGCGAGGCACUCGAAAUACCGCACCGGCAAGGCAACAAAAUGGUGCGGCAGGAUGAUGUUUACUUCAAGGACAAGCAUAAGUACGGCUUGACUGCAGUCCUGGAACGGAUCUCGGAAAAUGGCGCGAAUCCGGCUUAUGCAGAUGCAUCUCCGAUGCGGGUUCGCUUCCUACAUCCGGCAUACACAUCCGGCAUAGUGUCGGACGAGCAGGGUGCGAGGUGGAUCCAGUGGCUGCAAGAAGUAGGGCCUGUUCGACGAGCCCCGAGGCUGGAAUCGGGCCUCAAAGACCAACAUGCACCAGGUUUUCCGUCGCUGAUCUUGAUGGAAAUCGCCGACUAUGCUCCCGAAAUGUUAAUCAGCGUCCUGAAAGCCCAUUGGGACGUUUAUGCGAGAGAGCUAGCAAAUCCAUCAGCACUUACCCUAUCUACUAUAGCGAAUGUCCAAGUGCCGGUGGCGUGUGGGACCGAAUUGCUCAAGAAAGCUUUCCUAGGGACGCCAGAGCAGAAGCAUGUGUGGGCAGACCAGUACCUGGACAACAAGUUUCCAUUUCUAAGCAUCCCACCUGACGCUGAGGAUGAUGAUACUGCGGGCUGGGAGUUUCUAAGCCAAUUUGGCCUGAUUACCAGCACUGAAAUGUUUCUGACGGAGACUGCUCACCGGCUGCCUCUCAUCUUGCCCAGGCGACGUGCAAAAACUGCCUUCUUCAGAAUGUAUGAACUGCUGGCUGACCAUUACUUUGAGAGCUUCUGGGAGUCCCCUACGCCGGUUAGCAUCGUUUACAUUCCUCGGCAGGGUCUGGAUGAUAAACUUGUUCCAUUGGCAGAUUGCGUCUGGGGAAAGGACGUUUCAGGUAAAUAUCGGUUGGACUCCUUCGGUAAUUAUACGAACAAUUGCAAAGUAAAAGAGAUGUUCCGGCGAGUGCUAUGCAGCCAAGGUGUGGAUGGGAAGAGGGAUGGGGACCGGGACUUUACGGCGCUACUUGCAGAGCUGUCACGUCUCAAGGCAGAGGCCAGUGUUCCAAGCGAUACCGUCUGCGGGGUGUAUGAGUUAAUUAUGCGAGGUUCCUGGAGUGGCCGUGAUUGGCGUAGCAUCAGGAAGCGAUUUGAGAGCCAGCGCCUCAUAUAUAUUCCAGACACAAAUAGCUGGUACCCCCCGAGUCGCUGCGCCUGGACUGAUCUCACCUCGAUCAAUGAAAAAUAUGGGGUGCGCCGAAUCUACCCUGAUCUGAAGCUCCUAUUCAUUGAUGAACUCGGGAUCGUCUCGCCGGAUAUAGGGGAUUAUAUCGACGAGAUGCAAGCGAUGGGGUUGGCCGGACAUGCCAAUCCCAGCGAGAUGCUGGACGUUAUAAAGGAGCUCAUUAAAUGCGACGCCGGGACAGAUGAUUUUGAAGCUCUCAAGCUGUGCAGAUUCCUGCCUAUUCGACGGAGCCCGACCACUACAACAUACGGAACAGUAGAUGAGCGUUUUCUUAUCAUCGACGACGACCGUAUUCAUGUCAACACUGAGGAGCCGGUCCUUGAUUUCAUGCCAGAGGAUGUAUGUCGGUUACGACGGUUUUUCUCAGCACUCGGUCUUGAGGAGCGUUAUGUGUCGCGCCAACUGGGAUCGGUGACGUAUCCCUUGACUAAUGUGCAGGAAUCCGCUGAUCUUACCCGUGAGUUGCGGCAGAAGAGUGAAGCGUUAUACCGCAUUGCGAUCCACUACGGAAGCAGAGAUUGUGCCCUGCCCUCCGAGCCAAUUCGAAAAUUAUUAUCUCAGGCGAUAGUCUAUACGGCCACCGGCUUUCGCCGACGGUUCACGCUGGGAUCUGACCCCAGGGGGGCAAUAUCGACGAAGAGCGAGCAUAAUGGCCGAGUUCAUGUUGAAAAAGUCGACGACACUCUCCGUAUUUAUGUCCCUGGUGACGCAAGAGAGCGGAAAAUUUGCUACGCAACGGAACUCCCUCGACAACUCGCUUCUUAUCUGGAGAUCUACGGGCAAGCGGCAAGGCGAGUGUUUGGCACUGUCCUCCGGGAGCCUGUUGAAAUUCUCGACGACAUCCUCUGGGAGGAAGGAAUCAUUCGACUGUCAUUGGAUCCGCCGCGUGAAUUCGGCCCCCGACCAAAGGAACAGGCCGAGCCCGAGGGAGUAGGUUCUGAUACAGACGCCAUGCCGCCGGUCCAAGAGUUGCCGCCCAUUAUCUUUGAGGAAUGUACAUCUCGAGAAAGGUUAAUCGAUUUCUAUGAGUUGAAUCUCAUGCAAAGCCGUCCGCAUCGUGCUGCCAAAGGGGCCUCCGGGGGACUGCCGGGUUUGACUACUUUGACCAAAAAGUACAACCUCAUUGAGUUGGAUACCGACCACGACAUUCCAAGUGUCGCGACGGACUUUUUUCAGAUUAGCCCAGGCGAGUGUGACCUGACAUUCACGGAAACCACCUUGAGAGCGGCGGCAGAAGACCGUUCUUCGGAGACCAUGGCUCUGCUGACCAAGUACUUUGAGGAGCGGGGACAGGAUCUUGCAAUCCCAGAGACGGUCCUGAAAUGUGCGGCGGAGAACGAGGAGUGUGGCGACUAUAUUCUGUAUUUCCUGCUUUCGUACUCCUUGGCUCGAUCUCAGCCGAUCGUUAUCACAGACGCAGUGCUGGAGUGCGCAGCGAGGAAUGAACCGUGUGGCGACCAAGUCAUGGAUCUUCUACUUGAUCCUGUAAUAAUGCAGAGGCAGCAGGGACAACUCACUAUCUCGGAGGCUGUUCUCAAGGCAGCAUGUGAGAAUACAGAAUUCGGCGAUGUUAUACUCACCCAGCUUCUAGAUCGUUCCAGCAACGAAACGAUUUCAAUCACGGAAAACCUGCUCAUUGCAGCCGUUCAGAACGAGGACCUCGGCGAUCGGUUAUUAAACGUGAUCCUGGACCACGGCUGCCAAAUUCCAAGUUCCCCAGCUGUUCUUGCUGCGGCUGCCGCGAACCUUCAUCUGGGCCCGGAGUUGAUUGCGCUCCUUCUUCCCAGAAUGGGAGAUAUUCAGAUUACGGGCGAUGUCAUUCUAGCAGCGGUGAAUAAUGAGACGUCUGGCCUGGAGGUAUUGAAGCUUCUAAAACAACAUAAUGGUGGCGGCCUACCAGUGACAGAAGCUAUCCUGCUCACCAUUGUGGAGAAGGAAACUGUUGAUGAGCUGAUAAUACUCUGGGCUAUAAGCUUGGACAAUUACAUGGCCUUGGUCCCCCAGGCUGUCCUGGAAAAUGCGGCCGGGAAUCCAGCUUGCAGCAAAAGUCAUCUGAAGCGUCUACUCAAGGCUGCGGAUUGCUGUUUUGAUCAUACGGCGACCAUCUUAAUCAGUACCAUGAACGACACGGAAAAGGCAACUUUCAUCUUGGAACAUAUCAAAAUUCCGGAACAGUCUGCGCAUACUUUCCCCGUCCGUGCCUUAGCGGGGGUUGCUGGCAGGUUGGAUUAUUGCCUUGAGAAGCCACUACUGCUCAAACUUAUGCGUGAUGAUGUCCCAAUAUCAGCUCAUGUGUUGGAAGCGGCAGCAGGGAAUCCCAUCCAUGGCUAUGACGUGACAAAACUACUGCUCGACCAGUGCGAGCCAAACCUGCAAGUUUCCGAAGGUGUCCUUCUAGCAGCGGCAACAAAUCCACACCAUGGUACAGAGACUUUGCAGCUCCUCCUCGAGCGGCAGCCCGAGGUUGAAGUUACCGAUGCCCUAAUCGCAGCAGCAGCAGCUAGAGGCAACGGGACUCUGAAGCCGCUGAUUCGGCAUCGUAGCAAAUCCACCCUGCCUCGAUUCCAGGUGACAGGAACUCUCCUGGAAGCAGUCAUCAGAAACAACCAUUGCGACGCAAGAGAUGUUCAAUUUCUGCUCGACACCUCGGCCGAAACAGACAGCGCCCUCGCAAUUACAGGAGCAGCCCUCAUUUCCGCAGCAGGCAGUAUCCGAAGCGGGUAUGAGACCAUGAGCAAGCUGCUGGAUCACGGAGGUCCUGAACUCGAGGCGUUGUUAUCAGAACAAGUUCUGAUAGCAGCAGCGGGGAACCAACUAUGGGGCCUUGACAUCCUAGCUCUUCUUCUUGAUCGUGGUUAUGACCUCGACUUCUCAACCGAGGUAUUUGCAGCUGCGCAGGGAAAUAUGUAUUGCGGAAAGGAGAUUAUAGCUUUCAUGCUGAGAUAUCAAGUUCCGCCUUUUCUAGAUGGGAAUCAAUUUGAAGAGUGGGAGUCUUGUAAGACUCUAGUCUCCACUGAUGAUGAAGCUACGUCGGAGAGCGAGGGGGAGGAUGGGCAUGGUGGUUUUAUUCCAGCAAGUCCGAGGUCGGAAGGGGAUGCUUAUGAGACGGCUGACUCGGAAUAACCGCUGCAUCGCAUUGUCUAGGUAUAUCAUUAAGAAAUACCUGCACUGAGGGGCCUCUUGCGUCCGUGACAUUCUGACUGGCUUUGAGCCGUGGAUCCAGAUAAGGCUAGGAUGGGAAAGCGAUUAACCAUCAAGCGCCUAUGGUAGCCAUCACUAUCAGCAGUAUCUGGUUCCGGCCGACAAUGAGAAGGAUGCCGUACUCUGCUUAGAUCUAGAAAAAGGGUUGAACUAAGUUUCAAGCGCAUAGCUAGUAAUGUGUGUGGACCGGAAGAUAGGGCAACCUGCCCCUUAGAGGCUUACCCUGGCCAUACGGGCAGUGGACUCCAG